AUGCGCAUCCAGACUGCUGCCGCAUUCUUCCUGGCCACAGUGGCCCUGGGUGUCCCCGUCAAAUGGGGAGAAUCCGUCGACGAUGAUCCCAAGACGGCUACUCUGCCAUACAACGUCAAUGCUUUGAGGGCAGGAGAAAAACGCGGAGAGGCGGUCUACGAUGACCCCAAGACUGCCACCCUGCCAUACAGCGUCAAUGCUCUUCGAUUAGGCGAGGAGAAGCGCGGUGAAGCCGUCUACGAAAACCCCAAGGUUGCCACCAUGCCAUACUCCGUCAAUGCUUUGAGGGUGGAGGAGGAGGCUAUUUAG